UAACGAGUACCUAGUUUAUGAUGAACGCCAAGGCGGCUAUUUACGACUUAGUUCAAUUUAAGAAUCGUUAACCAUGGCUCGUUGGUCGGAUAGUCAAUUUACGGUUUGUUCCGAAGAUUCUUUCAUUAGUGGUGUUUAUUAUAAAAAGGACAACCCUAAUAGCCUUCAAGGACCAUUAAAAGCUGCCAGGCUAUGUAUUUUAAGUUUACUUGUGCCUGGUAUUUUGGUCAUUGCUCCAUUGUACAUUCGUUAUCAUGUUUAUUCUGAUCAUAAAUAUCCUUUAGCUAUUACUGAUAUGAGAAUAUUAGACCAAAAAAUGUCGACAUUUUGGUGUCAACGCCAUAUAGUGAAUACUAAUGCCACUUUUAAUGCAUAUUUGAUGCCAGAGAUACCGUCGAUGUUACCAAAAAUGGAAUUUGUUGAAAUGGAGAGGCAUAUUACGUUAGAAGACGAUAUUAAAGAAUAUUGGGGAUUUUAUCUAUUGAAAGAUUCAAUCGUAAAAGUGUCUACAUGCUCAAGGUGGCCUGGAGCUAGUAUAAUAGUUAUUAAAGGACACAAACAUUUAAAAGAAUGCGCUUAUAUUGGAGAUAAUUCUAGUGAAGAGGUUGAUGAAAUUGAAUCUUCUGAAGAAGGCAAUGACACACAUAUUCCAAAUUUUAUGAGAAAACUUACUUCUGGUAUGACAGUGCCUGAUAUGGCACCUGACGUGGUCUACCUUACACAUCAUCCAAAUGAUAGUAAUAUAAACCGCACAUAUUUUAAGAGAUCCAGUAAAACUGCCAAUCAUCAUUUAGAUUAUGCUGAAGAUUUAUAUCAAAAAGAAAUGAAAGAAAAAAUUGAAAAUGAGGAUUAUGUAGUCCAAACGGUAAAAUCCAAGCCAGUAUUCACAAACGUUAACGAAAUCAAUAACAUACCUCAAUCAAAAGAAUUGAUCGAAGAAUCGUUAAGAAAAUUGGGAAAUCAAGGAAAAGACGGUGCGACACUUUUACGUAAAUUAAAAGAAGUUCUUCAAAAUGAUCUUAACGAGCCAAUGAAUGACACAAAUAGGCUUUAUCAAAUCAUUGAAAAUGCAAUGGCUGACGAUGAUACAUCAUGGCAGGGUCCUAGAUUGAGGCAUUAUCGUAGUAGAUUUAAACGGUCUACUGUAAAUGAAAAAGAUCAGGACAACUUGAGCAAAGAUUUAUUUAAACAUGACCAACAAAACGAUGCAGCCAAUGAAGAGGCCGAUGCACUUUCACCAGAUGGGAUUGCUCAAGUUCGUGGAAAAGUAACUGAAAACAACACCCACGCUAUGAAUAAGGACCGUAGUCACAGCGAGUUUUGGUCAUCAUUUUCCAGUAGUGAAGAAAUGCUCCUCGAAUGCGAAGGGCUUUUAUUAAGCUUACCAUUAGCUCCACACCAUAAAUGUUUACCUCCAAACAAAAAUCCUGAUUAUGAAGAAGCCAGCCAUCCAAACACUGUUACUUAUAAGGUUCCUGAUGAUGGAUAUUAUUUUUUCGUAUUCAACAGCGAGAACGAGAUUCAAGAUAACUUUAUACGUAUACAUUUUGCCAUCAAUAAAACCGUAUACGAUGUCUCAAAACCAACUUCAUCUUGUUUAAAUGUAACAGGUGAAUGUCAAUUACCUUUAAAUUUUUGGUCACAGCAAACAACAGUCUUAGAAAUGUUAAACCCUGGACCUAAUAGUGAUUCUGGAGAUGAAUUUAUAGCAAUUUCAACGUGCCAGCCCAGAUCUGCAGUAUAUGCCAUUUGUCUGAUAGCAGCACCUGUUCUGUUUGUUUUAUUUUCUUUUCAUUGAUAUUUAUAUCUAAAUUAUCUUUUUACGUGGAUUUGAUAUAAUUAUCUAUAAUAUAAAGCAUUUAAAUCAUAAAAAUAUCAAAUAAAACGUUCUGUGAUUUUAAAUGUUGAACCAAAUAGUUGUUAUAAAUAUAAAUGUAAGAAUUAAUGAGGAUCCCUGAAGUAUUAAAUAUCUCAUAAAAUGUAUGAAUAAAUAAUGCUGUAUCAUUCAUAUUAUGUACUACAGCUCAAUUUAUUAACAUCAGUAGUAUAAUAAUAUGUACUAUGUAAAUUAGCACUCAGUAAAUCGUCGGUCAAUUGUAUUAAUUAUAUAGGUAGUUUAUAUCUUAUACUACAAUUUACCAUCAACAUAAAUAUCUACAUAAAGAUUUAAAUAAAAUAUCAAAAUAUUUUAAAACUAUAAAUUUAAAAUAUUAAAAUAAAUAGAUUAUGUUAUUGAAUUUAUAGUAUUCAAUUUUAAAAAGUCUACCGCAUAAACAAAAUUUGUAUCUAUAAAUGUUUAAUGGUUUAAAUAAAAUCACGUAAGUUUUUUAAAACAUUCCAAGCUUUGUAAAUCCCGAUGACAAAUAGAUACAUAAUAUCACUAAAUUCAAAAAGCGUAAUUUAGUAAAAAUUAACUAAAUUAUUCUAUCAGCACAAAUUAAAAACUAAAUAUGAUUAUGGGA